AGGAGCUCCCCCACGCCACAGCCACCGACCUCGCGCAUGGCAACGAUGGCGAGGAGGUGCUCUGUCUCAACGUUCACCUCCCGCCCCUGCCACCCACCUCCGCUCCAUCUCUGUCCCUUCGCCUCGCGUGAUCACCACCAUUUCCGUGAACCCUAGCCAUAAUCCCAUGCCUUCGAACCCCACUUCGUCACUGGAUUUUUAGGAUGAGGGCGAGUUCGAGCGGAUCCCCAUCCCAGAACUCCAAAAUUCAACGCCGCAGACGCGGCUCAGGCGGCAUCGGCCCAGCCAAAGAUCCCGUUUGACCUCCUCCGCCCGUACUCCAUGGAGUUCACCCGGGUCAGCUUCCUUGCGAGAAAAGACGACAGCAGCGGAUUCAAGUCGACCACGCUUUAGAUCGGCAGAUGAUGCCGAUGAUGGUGACCAAAUCGACGAGCAGGUUAGUGCUCUCCGGCUACCUUAUUUUCCCCUUAUAUUCAUCUACUCUAGGUCUGCAUGUCAAGGCGGAGGAAGAAACUCGAGGAUGCGAAGCUCCCAGUUUGUGCGCACGGCCGCGAUUGCCCCCGCUUCCCCCGCGCCGUGCUCGCCCCCGCUUCCCCCAAUUUGUGCUCACGACCGUACCCCAUCCCCGCUGCCGCCAAUUUGGGCUCACAGCCGCCGUGAGCAUAUUCUUUUCCGGGGAGUCAUCGUGCUCACCUUCUACGAGUCAAGGUGCCGGCAGGGAUACCGGAUGGACGCCCUCCCAAGGCUCCAGCACGCCCCGUUGCCGACUGCUCCACCGGUGAUCUCCUCCCCGUUCAGCUUAAUUUCUCCUCGGUUUGGUGCUCCGAAUUUCAGGUAUCCACAGGACAACGAGAAGGACAUGCCAGUGUGUCUAUCUCAGGAUCUGCUGGUCUGCUUUUUGGUUGAAGAGAACAAAGAUGGAACGGGUAACACAACAUACACACACCAAACUGAAUAUUAUUUUGUCAGUGUUGCCAUGUACGAAUUUAUACUUGCCAGCUUAACAACUUAGAAACAGUUUGGGAGCUGUCCCCCUUUCAGUUUGAAUAAACUAAUGACACUUUUGUUAUUU